AUUAGCAACAAGAUUAGAAAGGGUUGCUAACAAUCAAACAUGUCCAACAUUUACUCAUAAAAGAGGACAAAGAGAGGACGAAGAGUUGAAGACCCUGUUAAACGAGAAAAAGCUAUAUAGUAAAGCAGCAGCUGCGUUGCGUGCAUAAUUGGAACUCUCAAGGGCUGAACCACCUAUGUCAAUGAAACUAUUUAAAGCUCGUUUCACUUCAGGGGCUCACAAGUUAGUAAGAACAAUGUUAAUUUACUCGUUAUUCUGCUUUAUCUUAGCUGUGGAUGUUGCAGAAGCAGUGCCAAUCCAAGACGACUGCAAGGUGCGGCGGUGCAACCACCAGGAUCCACCUGUCCGUUUCCCCUUCCGUUUAGAAGGCCAGCAGUCACCCCACUGCGGGUAUCCUCAUCCUGGGUUUCAGCUUUCCUGCUCAGAAAACAAACAGACCCUGCUGAAGAUACCACGUUCGCUGGAGCUGUUGGUGAAGCACAUAGAUUAUGAAGCUCAGCGGAUUGACUUGUACUUUCCCGGGGGUUGCCUCUGGCGGCAGCUUUUAGAUCUCAAUUUAUCUGCCUUUCCAUUCGCGGUGGAACAACAAGGUUUCAGCCGCCUAAAAGCUCGUAGAUCCCAACCAGCUGAAUCCAACUAUACCUUGUUUGAAUGUUCAAGCCAAGAGAAGGCUUUGUAUAAAAGAUAUAGAGUCGCUUGCUUAAGCACCCCUGGCUCCCAAAUUAUAGCUUUUACUUCUGGUGCCUAUUAUGGAUUCAACCUGUUGAAUUGCAGCUACUUUGGCAAAAUUUCAACACCCAUUUCUCCUUACGGUAUCCGUUUUCAAUUACGUUGGUAUAAACCAGACUGUGGUGAUUGCGAAGCUCAAGGAAGGGGAUGUAGAUUGAACAACAAUAAUAGCACCAAGGAACAAACCGAGUGUUUUUAUAUCCCCAAGAACCAUAUAGGAUUGGGAGAAAGGUUAAUGGUUGCAGGUAUUGUGUCGGGUUCUUCAAUUGCUGCAGCCAUUGCCAUUGCGGUUGGGUGGAGAUAUCGGUUAGACAAAAAGGAGAAAGAAAGUCAAGUCAAGAUUGAAAAGUUUUUGGAAGAUUAUAAAGAGCUUAAACCCUCAAGAUACUCCUAUGCUGAUAUUAAAAGGAUAACUAAUCAUUUCAAGGACAAACUGGGACAAGGAGGCUAUGGAACUGUCUUCAAAGGCAGACUUUCCAGUGAUGUUUUAGUUGCUGUCAAGGUACUCAAUAAUUUCAAGGGAAAUGGUGAAGAGUUCAUCAACGAGGUGGGUUCGAUGGGCAGAAUCCACCAUGUGAAUGUGACUCGCCUGGUUGGGUUUUGUGCCGAUGGAUAUGACCGAGCUCUCGUUUAUGAAUACCUACCAAACGAGUCAUUAGAGAAGUUCAUAUUUGCAGCCGAGGGCAAGGAUCGAUCCCUUAGUUGGGAAAAACUUCAGGAUAUUGCUGUGGGUGUAGCCAAAGGCAUCGAGUACCUGCAUCAAGGUUGCGAGCAACGUAUCCUCCAUUUCGACAUCAAACCUCACAAUAUUUUGCUUGAUCACAACUUCAAUCCUAAGAUCUCUGAUUUCGGCCUUGCUAAAUUGUGUUCCAAGGAACAAAGUGCUAUUUCAAUGACAACAGCUAGAGGUACCAUGGGCUAUAUUGCACCCGAGGUACUGUCUCGCAACUUCGGAAAUGUGUCAUAUAAGUCUGAUGUUUAUAGUUUUGGAAUGCUGUUGCUUGAAAUGGUUGGGGGGAGAAAGAACAUAGAUGUUACGGUCGAGAAUACAAGCCAAGUGUAUUUCCCAGAAUGGGCAUAUGAUCGUUUGGAUAAAGGAGAGGAGUUCGGGAUUCGAAUUGAAGAUGAUGCACAAACAGGGAUAGCAAAGAAACUCAUGAUCGUUGGACUUUGGUGCAUUCAGUGGUAUCCCGUUGAUCGUCCUUCGAUGAAAGUGGUGGUUCAGAUGUUAGAGGGAGAGCUUGACGUUCUUACAAUGCCACCAAAUCCUUUUGCAUCGACAGAUCCACCGAAGACGAUGGGUGCCACCACACCUAGGAAGCCGGUUAACAGAGAUCUACCCACUAUUUCAGAAAUGGAAUAAGAACAGUCUCGAGCCUCAUUGUUAGUAGUACUAGAAGCAGUUGAAACUUGAAAUCACCUAUUAGCACACUCAUAUUACACCAAUGCUAAGAUUUUAUUUGAACUCAUAAAUGAAAUGCUGCAUGGCUGUUAGUAUAUAAAUUCUACUAAUAAAUGAAAAGAUUCUAUCUUAAAUGUUGUUUAAUUGUCAAAA